AUGGACAUACUUGACGAUACCUGGGAACUUCCGGUCACGAAAGAUGUAUCGAGGGCUCUCUUCACUGCCCUUGCCGAAGAAGAACAAUUUGAUCCAAGCAGAUUUCUACUUGAGAACAAUUUCCAGUACACUCCGUUGGACGCCCUAAAGCAGCAGCUGGAAUUGCUGACCCACGAGAUGGACGAGGCUCUGGUGACAGAGACGUGUGGCAGUUACGAUCAGUUUGCUGAUCUGUGUUCUCACUUCUCUGAACAAAAUGAGACCAAACCGCAGUUGCAGAAAAUUGGGCAGGACCUGACGCGGUUCCAGCAAAAACUGGCCCAAGUUGCCGAGGUUGAUGUCCAGACCACGAAAGAGGUGCUGAGCGAUACGUUGGACUAUCUGCGCAACCUGGACGUGCUCCAGCGACAGUUGGACAACAAUCUAAUGCUACAAGAACAGCUGUCGUUAGCGAAGCAGUUGUGCGAAGGACUCACCGCUAUGGUGCGAGAAACGGAACUAGAGCCCGUUGUUUGCAGCGAACUCCUCAAAGAACUCUACAAAGCGUUGGAUGCUACAGACGCCGCGUUCCACCCUAUAAACCACUUGGACUCACCUCUACUGAGAUCCUUGCGGGACGAACGCGAAGCCAUUCUCGUCAGAUUUCGAAGUUGCUUGCAUGUAAUGGUAGACCUUUGCACCAGUACCACUAAUGAGUCACGUGACCAAUACUCUAAUGAGCCCUUAUUACCUGUAUUGGCAGCUAUUUACAAUGCUGAAAGGCGACAGAGCAAUGCUGAUGCUGAGGAUGCUAGCACUGACGAGGCACUGAAACCCUGA